GGUGAGCUUUUUUGUUAGUGUUGCAAUUUGCUCUGUCCAAUGUCAUACUUUGAGGACAGCGGGACGCACUAGGACCUUGCAGAGCUCAAACAAAUUAAGGACAGCCACCGCAUAAGAGGCUUAGCACAUCUAAUCUAUACUUACACACACACACACACACACACACACACACACACGCACACACAUACAGUAUUUCAUAAACAUCCCAUUUUCAAACAAGCACGUCCCACAGGCGACCACCGCCAUUGUAUUUUCAUUUAGUUUUCAUUUUUUCCCCAACUCUUUCAUUUACCGAUUUGACCUUACCGCCCCUUCCACUUUGCCGUUGAAUAUGUUCCACGACUUCUCUCAUGCAAUUUCAUUAGCAGGCGGGUAAAAACGUGUCCUCCAGUGAACUAAGAGUGUCUUUCUCUGUCCAUUGAAGAGAAAGACAAAUUGCAACUGCAGGCUUCCCUUUUAUUUACAGCCAAGAGUUCAUUUUGAUUGCUAUUUCAGGAAUUUUCAGGUUAAAAAGUUGCGACAUUUCACUGAAAAUAGUAAUUUCUUCCAAUGUAUUUUCGAUUUGAAGCCCGUAUUGAAUGUGUAAGGUAUUGUCAUUUACAUGGAUUUCAUCCCGCCUGACAUCACAGGCCCAAGUCCCGUCCCGCUUCCACAAACCUUUCCACACACUUUCCCAGCUGUUACCUCUCACAUCACGUCGUUCGAUAGUGUUCACAGCAUAUUUGGAUGUCUGUGCGUCCACUGUGUGAUUAUAGUGUGUGUGUGAGACAGUCGCACACCCACACAUAAACACACACACGCAUGCACAGAGUUCAGCCGAUUUAUCAUAAUAUGCUUUAUCUGAAAAGUAAGUAUCUUAUCUCGGGAUAAAGGGAGGAAAGAGGGGUUUGUGGCCAGAUUGACAGAGGAAGGGUGGAUGGACAGAAUGGAGGCAGCACUGGCCACACAUGCAGGCACAAGGAGCGGAACGAGCCCUUUUUGGGCGCGAUCGAUCACUUUUGGUAAUCCUUUCCAUGCAGAGCGAGACGAGAAUGGGAGACCACAGACAGCACUAGCUGUUGCUGUCUGGAUUCUGCACUAACCACCUGGCACAAGAUCUGAGGUGGACCAUUUCCCUGGGGGCCUGGAUGUGGAUGAUUCUGUUACGAUCGACCGGGCCAGGUCCUGAGGCAGAACCACUUUCCUGAAGGCGUCUACCUGCAGCGCUUCAUCUCUUUAAAUUGACUCUUAAUAAUGGAAUGCCAUCUUAAUUAACAUUGUACAGCACCACACUUGGCAUGGGUGUGUGUUCUGGUUGUUGUCUUCCCCCUGUCUCGCACUCACCUGCUCCUGAGAGCAUCUUCCCCACCUGUGCUUCGUUUACCCGAAUUACCCCAUGCAUUUAACCUCGUGUCUCAUUUUUUCUGGUCGCCAGUUCGUUGUACCUUGUUGUCACGUUUCAGCAUUCCUUGUUUCCACGUCACCGACUGAUAGUAAGACUAGACCCUGUUCUGAUUAUUGAUCUUGCCUUUUUGCCUCACGUUUUUCAGAUACUGUUGCCUUUGCAGGUUGCCUGCCUGUGUACCGACCUGUACCCGUUUAUUAAACCUCUCCUUUUGAAAUUGUCCAUUUGAAUUGGAGUCGUGCAUUUUGGGUCCUGUCCUUUGUUCCGUUCAUGACAAUACUAUGUGAUAAAUGUUGUCCAUUCAACAUUCAUUGCAGCCCAGUCAUCCUGGAAGGGGGAUUCCCCCCCCCCCCUCCGCCUGUUCAAGGGCUAUACAAAUAAACUUGACUUGACUUGAGAUGCAGCGUGUGUGGGUGGGUGUUGGCGGCGGUGGGAUAGGGGUGUUGGUUAAUUACGUGGGCAUUCCACCCUUACUGUCUAUAUCUGCUGUCAGUGGGUCACAAGCGAAGCAAGCCAAAUGUCGCGCCACAGAGUGGGCUUCUGCCUCAGUGAUAAGAAACGCAGGAGGAUGAAUUUGGACGCCUUUGCAGAGCUCUGUGCGGAUCAUGGAGUGGAGGUGGUGGAGCUUGAUCUUACUCAGCCACUUGGGCCCCAAGGACCCUUCGAUGUUAUUGUACACAAGCUGUCUGAUGUCAUCGUCGAGGCAGAGCAUGACAGCCGAUCAAGGCAGCUCCUGGUCAACUUCCAGAGUUAUGUGUCAGCUCACAGCAGUACAGUUCUUCUGGAUCCCCUGCCUGCCAUGACCCAAAUUCUAGACCGCUUUGCUUCUUACCGGAUCAUGAGCAACCUGCACAAAUCACUCCGAGAGUGGCACAUUUGCAGUCCUCCAUACCUUGAGGUCCACAGUGCCAGUGACAUGCCUUCCAUUCAGCAGAAAGUGAUGACUCAGAACCUGAGCUUCCCUCUCAUUUGUAAAACAAGAGUGGCACAUGGUUCUCUUUCCCAUGAGAUGUCGCUGAUCUUCAGUGCGGCAAAUCUGGUGGAGAUCCGACCUCCGUGUGUCCUCCAGAGUUUUGUCAACCACGGAGCCGUUCUGCACAAGGUGUUUGUGGUCGGAGAAAGACACUUCUGUGUGGAGAGGCCCUCACUCAAGAACUUCCCCACUGGGCCAUGUGACAGAAAGACCAUCUUCUUCAACAGUCAGCAAGUGUCCAAACUGGAGUCAACCUCUGAUCUUACUGCUCUGGAUGAGCAAAUGCCCUGCCGGCCUCCUCCCAGCACGGAGGCUGUGGCCGCCUUGGUCCGAGAGCUGCGCCUUCAGCUCGGCAUGGCCCUGUUUGGUGUGGAUGUCAUCAUCAAUGCUCACACUUACACGCUCACCGUCAUUGACAUCAACAUCUUUCCAGGUUACGAAGGUGUGCCCCAGUUUUUCUCUUCUCUGCUCAGCCACAUUGAGUCAGUGUUGGACGCACAAGCUUCUUCUGUUGGCUCUCCGGAGACAACUAAUCACAAAGGGGCGACUUCCACUGUGGCAAGUGGGCUCUGAGACACCUCUGGGUCGGAAAAGACCAUGUAAAGCAUCAGUCAUUUUUUAAAAGCUUAACCUAACAGCUGAAAUGACUCAAACUGUUUUUUUUAAUUGUGUUGUGAAGUGAUUCUUCGUCACAAGAUAAACAAUUGGCAGAAAAUGUGUUUCAUACUCUUUUAUUGAUUAAUGGGUAGCAGAGAAGACAACAGGCACAAAAUACAGCACUCUAUUGGCCAGUAAUAUUACAAAUAUUUUGUUUCAAUUCUUCCAAGUUUUUUUGUUUUUUUAAACAUCUUCACACGUAUCUUUCAUCUACCUUGCUGGUUGAUGCAACUUACACAUAUGUACAAAAACAAGUUCUUUAAUUGUGAAAUAAAUAAACAUCUCAUCUUUGGAAUGGAUGGUACUAAGAUUAUUCGUGCUAACUAUUAUUUGUGUUAGUGUGUGUGUUCAAACUUCACACAAGAUUGCAAUGCUUGGCAGUAUAGAAAAGAGAAUAUAGAGUUCUAUAUUUGCACUUUAAUGAAGUAUUAAAAUACCUGCUAUAUUGGCUUACUUAUUUAAUAUUCGUUAUUGCAUUCAUGUGUGCUGCAGUGUACAAUGCGUUAUUGCAGUUAAGUGAGCCUCUUGGUAACCCUGUUAAUUCUGUAACUUGUGCAAUUUGACGCAGUGUCCUCUUGGGGGCGCUUUU